AACGUUACCCCGCUGACAGUCCGGAAGAAAGAUGGCGAUCUUCAGUGUGUAUGUUGUCAAUAAGGCCGGCGGACUCAUCUACCAGUACGAUAAUUAUGUACCUCGAGCUGAAGUUGAAAAAACAUUCAGCUUUCCGCUUGAUUUAGUGUUAAAGAUUUACGAUGAGAAGUUGGUUGUGUCAUUCGGACAGCGGGACGGGAUCAGAGUGGGUCAUGCGGUCCUGUCCAUUAACGGGGUGGAUGUGAAUGGUAAAUACACGGCGGAAGGGAAGGACAUACUGGAGUAUCUGAAAGAUCCUGCCAACUAUCCAGUGUCCAUCAAAUUCGGGCGACCUCGCCUCAGCUCCAAUGAGAAGCUCAUGUUGGCCUCAAUGUUUCACUCGCUGUUUGCCAUCGGAUCACAGUUAUCACCUGAAGUCGGCAGCUCUGGUAUUGAAAUGCUGGAGACAGAUGUGUUUAAACUGCACUGCUUUCAAACACUCACAGGUAUAAAGUUCAUUGUAUUGGCAGACCCUCGACAGUCUGGUAUUGAUGCCCUCCUAAGAAAGAUUUAUGAGAUCUACUCAGACUUCGCACUGAAGAAUCCUUUCUACUCUUUAGAAAUGCCCAUCAGAUGUGAGCUAUUUGACCAAAAUCUAAAGAGUGCCCUGGAAAUAGCAGAGAAAGCUGGGACAUUUGGACCCGGGUCUUGAACUGGACUUGUACCGAUCGAACUUGUCCAGAAAAAUGGGAUAAGGAUUUCCAUCAACUGUUAAGAGUUUUCCUCGAGCUCAAACCUCUGAACAUAGUUUAAGACCACUAUGUUUGGUUAAUUUACAUUUUUCUUGAAAUUAAGUCCCAAAUUUACAGUGAGAAACAUAUUUCACAUAACCUUUGUAAAUAAUGUACAUGGACACAGUUUGAGUUUGUAAUGUGCAGAACAUCUAUACAAGAUGAAGCAGCUCAUGAUGCUCAAUACAUGUCACUGAAACACGUUUAUUAACGUCUUUCUAAAUGUAAGGAAAUUUCCAUAUCAUUUGCCUUUUGUCAGGAGAUUAUGAGAAGCCUACUGUACCUUGGAUCUGUUUCUGAAGUUUGGUCUUACAUUUUUCAUUUACAUAACUGUGCUAUUAAACAUUCAUGUGAUCUAA